UUUCAGUACAACAUUCGUCAAACUGCUCUAAAAUUGACUGCCAACAGUAUGUACGGUUGCUUAGGCUUUUCCUUCUCAAGAUUUUAUGCUAAACCCCUAGCUGCUCUGGUUACAGCUAAAGGCCGUGAAAUUUUAAUCAGCACAAAAGAUCUUGUUCAGAAAUUGAACUAUGAAGUUAUUUAUGGUGAUACAGAUUCUAUUAUGAUUAACACUAAUUGCUUAGAUUAUGGAGAAGUUUUCAAAAUUGGACACAAGAUCAAAGCUGAGGUGAAUAAACUGUACCGCCAAGUGGAACUUGAUGUGGAUGGUGUCUUCAAAUAUAUGUUGUUGUUGAAAAAGAAGAAGUAUGCUGCUGUCACAAUGAGUCAGUUACCUAGUGGAGAGUUCAUUACUUCUCAAGAGCUUAAAGGCUUGGACAUUGUUCGCAGAGAUUGGUCUCAGAUUUCAGCAGAAGCAGGAAAGUUCAUACUAUCUCAAAUUUUGUCUGAUAUGCCUCAAGAUGACAGAAUAGAGGCUAUUCAUGCCCACUUAGUAAAGUUAAGGGAAGAUCUAGAAGAGGGAAAAGUUCCUAUGCAACUUCUAGCCAUCACUAAACAGCUCACAAAAAACCCUGAAGAAUAUGUUGAUCACAAAAAUCAACCCCAUGUACUUGUAGCAAUGCGCCUCAACUCUCGUGGGGGCAAGCGUAUUCGAAGUGGUGAUACAGUCGCCUAUGUGAUCUGUGAUGAUGGCUCAAAUUUAAGUGCCAUGCAACGAGCGUACCAUGUUGAUGAAUUGAAGACAAAUAAGUCACUGAAAGUUGAUGUCAAGUAUUAUUUAGCUCAGCAGAUCCAUCCAGUAGUUUCAAGACUGUGUGACCCUAUUGAUGGUACAGAUGCAGCUCGUAUUGCAGAGUGCCUUGGUUUAGAUCCUACGUCAUAUCGGCGCCAAAUGCAAAGAGCAGAAGAAAAUGAAGAAUUGGGUCUUGGCGAGAAGUCUGUUCUAGAUGCUCAAGAACGUUUUAGAGACUGUGACAAGUUCAAAUUUAAGUGUAGAAAGUGUGCUAAAGAAAUUGUCAUUGAUUCCCCAUACAGAAAAACUGAGACUAGUGAAUAUGAACUUGUCCUUGAGAAGUGUCCAAAUUCAGAUUGUGAUCUAUCUCCACUUCAGCAUUUGGCCCCAAUUCAGAAUGCACUUACCCUGGCUAUGCGCACAUAUGUACAAAAAUAUUAUGCUUGUUGGCUGGUUUGUGAGGAUCCUGCAUGUCCACAGAAGACCAGACGGUUGCCACUGAGAUUUCAAAGUAAUUAUCCAAUCUGUAAUUUGUGUGAGAAAGGUGUCAUGUUCAGAGAGUAUACGGACACAGAACUCUAUACACAACUGAGUUUCUUCCAACAUAUUUUUGACCUUUCUAAAAUCCCUGCUAAUGACAAGAAGUUCUUAAGAAUAUCAGUUGAAACUGAUAAUGCUUAUUGCAAACUGAAAGAGCAUGUCGAGCAGUUAUUGAAACAUAGCGCAUAUUCUGUUGUAAACAUGAGCCGUAUGUUUGAAGGAAUGUACCUGACAGUGCCUUCUUCAAAAGGUA